UCCAGGUUUAAUUCAGUUCCAGCUCGAGUACUAUUCACAUCUACGGUAUCUUACUAGAGUCGCGCAGUCAGAUUUGAUAGAGCUCAUUCAAUAGUGAACAGUGAUACCAUGGCUAAGGACAAUCUAACUGCAGUUCUAUAUGGCGUGGAAGAUCUGAGAUUAGAACAACGGCCGAUUCCUGAAAUCAACGACAAUGAGGUUCUUCUUGAAAUGGAUUGUGUAGGAAUUUGCGGUUCCGAUGUUCAUUACUUAGUACAUGGACGCAUUGGUGAUUUUGUUGUGGAGAAACCAAUGAUUGUGGGACAUGAAUCGUCAGGAGUUGUUGCAAAAGUUGGGAAAAAUGUGACGAAUCUGAAAGUGGGUGACCGCGUUGCUAUUGAGCCUGGCGUUGGUUGCAGGCUGUGCGAAUUUUGCAAGACCGGAAAAUAUAAUCUCUGUGAAAAAAUGAUUUUCUGCGCAACGCCACCAGUUAAUGGAAACCUUUCGAGAUACUAUAAGCACGCUGCCGAUUUCUGUCACAAACUACCACCUAAUGUAUCAAUGGAGGAAGGUGCCCUUCUCGAACCACUUUCGGUUGGAGUUCAUGCAUGCUUACGUGCUGGAGUUGGGCCUGGUUCUGAAGUUCUGAUUCUAGGAGCAGGACCUAUUGGCUUGGUGACGCUACUCACUGCCAAAGCCAUGGGUGCAACGAAAAUUUUGAUUACUGACAUGAUACAAGGACGUUUGGAUGUGGCCAAAGAGUUAGGUGCGACGCAUACCUUGCUAGUGUCGCGGGAUUUAGAUGAGAAGACAAUAGUGAAGAAGAUACAUGAGGUUAUGGAAACUGUUCCGAGCAAAACUAUUGAAUGUUGUGGAGGAGAAACUACGUCGAGGUUGGCGAUAUUGGCUACGAAAUCUGGUGGAUGUGUCGUAAUAGUUGGAAUGGGUCAGGCUGAAGUAAAAAUUCCUUUGUGCAACGCUCUGGUCCGGGAAGUCGACAUUCGUGGAGUUUUCCGCUAUGUUAACGCUUACCCCAUUGCGCUUUCGCUUAUUGCUAGCGGAGCUGUGGAUGCUAAAAAGCUGGUUACACAUCAUUUUGAUAUUACGGAAACAACAAAAGCUUUUGAGACAUCCCGAUAUGGUCAUGGAGGUGCGAUUAAGGUCAUGAUUCACUGUCAACCACGUGAUAAAAAUAAUUCAAAACCGUUUAAUUCGUAGCUUUACAGAAUUUAUAAGCUUUUUAUAGAUAAAUAAAGAAGCUGAUAUUUUUUUGUAGA